AUGAACAAAAAGCACGCCACUUUAAAUAACUAUAUUUUAGGCAAAACACUUGGUGCUGGUUAUCAUGCCAAGGUUAAAUUAGCUUCAUUCAAUGGCUAAUAAGUUGCUGCUAAGAUUUUCAAGAGCACUCAUAGCUUAGCCUCUAACAUGAAAACUUUGAAGCACGAAAUUGGCGUUAUGCAAAAACUUAAUCAUCCUAACUUGGUCAACCUUGUUGAAGUUAUUCCUAACGGAACUUACACCAAGAAGAAUGGUUAAACUUAUGAAGCAUUAGGUAUUAUUUUAGAAUACUGCGCUGGUGGUGAACUCUUCGAAUAUGUUGCCAAUAGUGGUCGUUUCUCUGAAGAAGUCGCUAGAGCUUACUUCCAUCAAUUAAUUGAUGCUUUGGAAUAUCUCCAUAACAACAAUAUUGCUCAUCGUGAUUUAAAACCUGAAAACCUUCUUUUUGAUAGCUAAUUCAAUUUAAAGGUUGCUGACUUCGGUUUCGCUACUUUGAUGGAAGGAAAGGAUGGAAAUGGUCUUCUCAAAACCUGCCUCGGUACUGAGAGCUACAUGGCCCCUGAAAUUCACGCUAAGCUCCCUUACAAUGGUUCUUCUGUUGAUUUAUUUGCUGCCGCAAUUAUUCUUUUCAUUAUGUAUGCAGGUACUCCUCCUUUCUCCAAGGCUGAUCCUAAAGAUCCUUAUUACAAGCUCAUGUGCACUAACAGACAUGACACUUUCUGGUAAGCUCACUUGAAGAACAAGGGUUCUGAAAAUUUCUUCUCACAAAGCUUCAUGGAUUUGAUUAACUCUCUCCUUGCCCACGAUUCAGUCUAACGUCCCUCCCUUGCUGAAGUAAAGAGCCACCCCUGGUACAAUGGUCCCGUUGCCUCUAUGGAAGAAAUUAGACAAUAAUUCCUUGUUAGAUAUAAUGCUGUUUAAGCUGCUAUUGAAAAGGAAAGACUUGUUAAAUAAGAAUAAAAGCUCAAGGAAAAGGCCAAAGAAGGUGGAAACAUGAUGUUUGCAGGUGCUAAUAAAUUCAGAUCUGGAAACGAUAAUGUCGAUGAAUUUGCUGGACUCGACUAAGCUUUCAAUUUAUUAUCUGUUCAAAGAUAAUUAAGAGAUGCUGAAAAGGAUGAAGAAACUACUUCUUAAUUAAAAACAGUUGCUGAUGCUGAAUAUGUCUUCAAAUACUUGCUUAAGAAGCAUGGUGAAUUCUGUACUAAGGCUGAACCCUCUGAUAAAUACUAUAAAAUUAAAUUUGUUGGUGUUGACAAUAACAGUAAUCCUCUUGAAUUCACAGCUGAAAUAAAGAAGGUUGAUGAAGAAGUCAAUGUCUUAGACUUCCAAAAGGUCCGUGGUUCUGCUUUACCUUACUUCGAAACUAUCAAUAAAAUUAAGGAAUAAGUUGCUGCCUUCUGA